AUGCAAAGCUAAAGGGAAGGAAGCACGGAUACACCGUGUGUGUGUGUGUUUGUGUGUUUGUGUGUUUGUGUGACCGCAAAUGGUGUUAAAACAUCACUGUUUGCGUCAGAACACAGAGAAUUUAGUUCGCGUUUGAAAUGAAAUCGCGGCUUUAGCGAACUCCGCUGCCCGGAUGCUAAAGCUAGCGCUCUGUUAGCCGAACACGAUGAGCGCGGAGCUUCUGUCGGAGCUGGACAACCGAUUCUUCGCCGAUAACCUGCUGACCAACGACGACUGGGAUGCCUGCCUGUACCAGUGUGAGAACAUGGAGGAGGGCGAGGACGCAGACUUCACCCGGGGCCUGAAAUACGACACGUCGUUUGACAACGACCUCGUCCUCACACUCAAUCCAGACAACCCCAUGUCGCCUUGGCAACACCAUGACAACAACCUGCUCACAGUGGACUCUCCGGUGGUCAAAGGUCAGAUGUCCUUCUCUCGUCCACUACCAGAGGAAAUGUUGCUUCAGGUGAAGGCGGAGCCUCUUUCUCCUGCGUCUUCGCUUGGAUCAGACUGCUCUGUGUCUUCACCAGAUCCUCAGGUCACAGUUAAAGGUGAAAACCCGCCCACUCCUCCCUACAUGUAUGGGGACAUCUUGUCUCCGCCCCUUGGGUCCAUGGAGGUAACCGUGGCGACGAGUGCGGUGCCCCCCCAACCACAGAAGGCGCUAACGCAGACGCCACUAACGACUCAGAUACCAGCUGUCAUCAACGGAUUACAGGCGCAGGCUACAGUGUUGCCACGGUCGGCCACAUUAAAGACGGGAACCAUCCUCAGCCCCAAACCUCCCAUCCAGCCCAGACCCGUGUGUGUCACCUCCUUACCUGUCCCCCAGACCCCGGCACCGGCCAAGACCCUGAUCCUGCAGGGGCUCCCAACCCUGGACCAGAACCGACCCGUCGUCUGCCUCGCUUCCGCUCCUGCCAUCGUCAAAAUGGAGCCCGUCUCUCCCAGCAUCUCCUCAGCCCCGCCCACCAGCAAACCCAUCGUCCCGGCAACCCCAACUUUACCUGGAAACAACGGUGGAGACAUCAAUAUGAAGGUGUUGAAGCGUCAGCAGAGGAUGAUAAAGAACAGAGAGUCAGCGUGUCAGUCCAGGAAGAAGAAGAAGGAGUAUCUUCAGAACCUGGAGAGUCAGCUGAGAGAAGCUCAGCAGGAGAACGAGCGACUGCGUCGAGAGAACCAGGCGCUGAGGGAGAGACUGGCCGGGAAACAGGGCAGUGACUCGGCGAGUAACAAGAGAGCCGUGUGUGUCAUGGCUCUUCUGCUCUUCAUGACCUUCAGCUUCGGUCCGGUCAGCAUCACAGACAGGAAGUUGUCCCCGGCUCCUCAGGACAGUGUGGUAUGGUACACGGGGCGACAGCUGCUGGAAAUCGAACAGCAGCCGCCGUCGCCACGGCAACCACAGCGGAGCAGGAGCAGAGUGGAGGACGAGACGGAGGAGGACGCAGGAGGAGACACGGAGAGAUACACUGCUGAGUCAUACCAGUUCAGGAACCUCAGCGAUGUCUUCAGUGACGUGAAGGACCUGGUUCUCCAGGACAUCGAUCGUUUCUUCACGUCGUCAGAUUGUCGUCAGUUUAAUCGCUCAGAGUCUCUGAGGUUGGCAGAUGAGCUCAGAGGUUGGGUUCACCGACAUCAGAUCGACAGAAAAAAAUCUGGAGGGAAACCAAAGAUCGCUAAGAAAGCCAAGAUCGCUCAGAAAACUCAGCUGAGGAAGACGAACUUCUCCAGAUAUUUACCCGUUCAGUCGCACCGCUCUAUUGAAAGUCAGCUGCAGGUGCGUCCUGGUCCUGAGGUCACUUACAGCGACUUCCUGGACGCCAUCGACCGCAGAGAGGACACGUUCUACGUAGUGUCUUUCAGACGAGAUCACCUGCUGUUACCGGCUAUCAGCCACAACAAAACUAGCAGACCCAAAAUGUCUCUGGUGAUGCCGGCCAUGUCCGUCAACGAAAGUCUCUACAACGCGUCUCACGGCUAUGAGAUGAUGAUGCAGGUGGACUGCGAGGUCAUGGACACUCGCAUCGUCCCCAUCAAGUCGUCCGCUGUGCCGCCGUCUCUGCGCGACGCACCGCCUCCUCCGCCCUCCUCCUCCUCCCACCACAACCAUCACCACGGCAACCACACCUCGCUGCGAGGACGCCACCACCAGCAGCCGCCGUCAGCUCAGCGGCAGCCGUUAGCGGCGCGGCGGCGGACGGCUGACUACUUCAUCAGCCAAUCAGAAGGAGUCUGAGGCAGCGUCACCAUAGCAACACGGAGACCAGGUUUUUUCUGGAAAACAUCUCAGUCGUGAUUAGUUAUAGGUUAAAAUCUAUAUA